UUGCGAAAGUUAUUCAGGUGUAUCGAGAAUGUCGGUUCUGUAGCGCGAAGAAUUUCUAAAAGGCGCUUAUCGAAAAAUACGUCAAGCGACUCAUCAUUCCAUUUUGCUACUGUUUCUGGUCAGUUAAACAGGUUUGAAUCAGAUGUUGAUCUCAAUGCUCUCCCGCUAACAGAACCGUUACCCGGUUAUUCAAAUGUAGUUUACGGUGGUGGAACAAACAUUGUACCGUUUGAUACGACGCUCACUGUGCUGGAUAGUGGAUUGAAAGUCGCUACAGAACCACAUUAUGGUGACUACUGCACUUUAGGAGUCGCUGUUAAUGCUGGUGCGCGGUACGAAAGUGGAUAUCCUUCUGGUGUAUCUCAUUUCAUCGAGAAACUUGCAUUCUCUGGAAGUGUUUCCUUCUCUAGAGAGGGAAUUUUCUCACUUCUUGAGCAACAUGGUGCUCUUAUCGACUGCCAGUCUACGAGAGAUACAUUUAUUUACGCCUCAUCAUGUCACGUGGAUGGAGCUGUAGAUAUGCUCACUCUUAUUGCUGACGCUAUUCUACGGCCACUAAUAGCGGAUGCUGAACUUGAUACUGCCAGGCAGAUAAUCAGUUUUGAAAACAAGGAAUUGAGUUGUAGACCAGAAUGUGAACCUCUGUUAACGGACUGGAUUCAUCAGGUGGCAUUUAACGCAAAUACAAUUGGUUUUUCAAAAUACUGUCCACCCAGCAACAUUGAGGUUAUCAAUCGGCAACAUUUAUUCACGUAUAUGAAGCAAUUUUAUAAUCCGAAUAGAAUAGUAGUCGCUGGUAUUGGAGUGGAUCACAAUCUGUUGGUUUUAGCUGCAGAAAAGCUUUUUAAUGCCUCAGAAGCUAUAUGGGCUUCUGACAGCUCACUUUUAUUGAAUAAAGAACCUCCUGUUGAUAAUUCUGUGGCUCAGUACACAGGCGGAGAAAAGAGGAUUUCCAAAGACCUAAGCUCAGUUGCGUUAGGACCAACUCCUUUUCCUAACUUGGCUCAUUUUGUUCUUGGUUUCGAAAGUUGCGGCUUUAAAGAUGAAGAUUUUGUUGCUUUCUGCGUUUUACAGUCUUUGAUGGGAGGUGGGGGCAGUUUUAGUGCAGGAGGCCCUGGAAAAGGAAUGUAUACCCGACUAUACGUCGACGUUUUGAACAAAUAUCAUUACAUGUUCAACGCUACUGCAUUCAAUCACACUUAUGGCGAUACUGGAUUAUUUUGUAUUCAAGCAUCGAGUGCGCCAGCAAAGAUUGGAGAAACUGCAGCCAUUAUUGCCGACCAGUUUUUGCGGUUAGCAGAUGGUGUUCACAAUGAAGAAUUACAGCGUGCAAAAACUCAGCUAAAAAGUCAGCUUAUGUUGAAUUUGGAGAUUAGACCUGUAAUGUUUGAAGACCUAGCAAGACAGGUUUUGGGGCAUGGGUACAGGAAGAAACCUGUAGAGUAUAUCAAAGAAAUCGAGGCCGUAAGUAACAAAGAUAUCAAACGAAUUGCAGAAAGGAUGUUGGUGCUUCCACCAUCCAUUGUCGGAUAUGGUGACCUAAAAAAGCUACCUGGAUUUGACUCAUUUGACAAGACUUUCGCAAAACGUUCAUUGCAAGAACUGAAACCAUUUUCUUUUUUUAGAUUUUAG